AAUCAAAAGUAUGUUUUAAGUUUCUGUUUUUAGAACUGUAUACCUCAUUAAAUAAUAGAACAUGGUAAUGCUGUAAACAAGGCUUUUACAAAAAAUGGACCCUUCAACAAGAUUGCUGAGUUUAAGCUUUGCAAUGCUUGUUGGCUGCUACGUAUUUGGUUCUAUACCACUUUCACUUUCAUUCUCUGAGCGAAAUAUGCGAUCUGUUUCAAUAAUUGGAGCUGGCCUCAUUGUUGGCACUGCCUUGUCAGUUAUUAUUCCGGAAGGUGUCCAUGCCUUAUAUGAAAGAGAGACAGGUCCUCAUUUUCAUUCUGGACAUGCUGAACCACAUCAGCAUCAUCACAAAGCACGCACGCUUAACCACGAAGUUAAAGCUGCAGAAGCGGUGGGUGAUGCUGCACAUGCCUCAGGUGAUAAGUACUGGAGUGAAUUGCAUGGUCGACUUGCACCUGAGGUGGAACUUCACUCAAUGAUAGGGAUUUCACUUAGUUUUGGCUUUAUCUUUAUGUUGUUAAUAGAUCAGCUCUGUGGUGGAGGGCAUUCACAUGGUUCUGGUAGUGAUUCGGGUAAAAGACAAAAAUCAAUCACAGCAACACUUGGUUUACUUGUGCAUGCUGCAGCGGAUGGAGUAGCUUUGGGUGCUGCUGCAACAACAACAAGAACAGAUAUAGAGAUGAUUGUGUUUCUAGCUAUUAUGUUGCACAAGGCGCCUGCUGCUUUUGGAUUGUCAACUUUCCUCCUUCAUGAGUCAUACGAAAGAAGUCGGAUACGAAAACAUUUAUUAGCCUUUUCCUUAGCUGCACCUUUGUUUGCAAUUCUUACAUAUUUUGGCUUAAAUCAGAGCGGCAAAGAAACCUUAUCAACGUAUAAUGCUACUGGUCUUGCUAUGCUCUUCUCCGCAGGGACGUUUCUUUACGUUGCUACUGUGCAUAUACUUCCUGAACUUUUGAGUAAAAGUAGUAAUACUGACGGCCCACUGAAUCAUGAUCAUAGUGGGAAACUUUCAAAAGUAGAACUAUUUUUUUUAAUAAUAGGUAUAAUUACUCCAGUUGUUUUGGGGUUGUACCAUAAGCAUUGAAAUCAAUUCUUUUUAGAGGUCUUUGUAGUUGUUACAUUGUAUUUACAAUGUGUGCUUUAUUUAAAAUGGAUACCGCAUUCUUUGUUAUUAUAAGCGUGACGAAUAAAGUUGUUUAUAGCAGACCAUGCUGAUUAUUAUCGGUGUCAAUGCUAGUUAAACUUUUUAUUGGAUAAAUUUUUUGAUUUGCCAAGCAAAAAGCCAGAGAUCUACCUUUCAGUAGCGGAUUUUGUGUCACUAAAGUAGUCAAAUUUAUUUAAUUUCUACUGUAUUGUCAAAUGCUACCAAUGCAGGCCCUUUAUUAAACAGCUUGCACAAAAACUACUGUCGAGGGCCGUCGAAAGAGAGGUAAUAAGGUGUUAUAGUCUGUAUAAUUAGUGGAUACACGCUUUUGUUUUUAUAAGCAACAUCUUAUGAACAACAUGAGGUACAAAUCCUUCAAUAAACGAAGCAAUUUGUGAAUAAAAAAAAGAGAUUAACACAUUAGCCUAACCAAGAAAACAAACCCGUGGAUUUGGUAGAAGCAACAAGUAUUUUAAAAAUAUUAUUUUUGGUUUGUCUGUUUAGUAUUCAUAUUAUUGUUAAAGGUUCAUCAUUUCUUGAACAUGAUAGUUUAUUAGGCGACGUUUCGGGAGAUCUUCCAUUGGGCUAAGUAAAUGCGAAACAUCUUUCUAUCUUCCCCGAUAGAAGGAUGAUCUUCCAACACGUUGCCUAUUAAAUUAUCAAGAAAUAUUAAACAUUUAACAACAAGCAACAAAUAAGCACUAACCUGUAGAAUACAGAAACGUCAACAACCUUAAGCCUCGUCUAUACAAGUGUUUAGUGAUAUUCGAAAAAACUUGCUCCAAUUCUCUCUAUAUAAAAAUGUUAUUUAUAUAAAAGAAUUUUUCCUUGUUUUUUUCUGCACUUGUUCCGAAUUGAAAGGGUUGCCAUUUUUCUUUUACAUUUUAUGUACAAGGUUUUAUUCGUAACCAUGUUGACUUGGUUUUCUUUUCUUUCAUUUUACAAUUCGAUCUGCAUAAUUGGGGAAAGUUCUAAUAAGAGAUGAGGAUUUUACAAAAAAAAUAGUUUGUAGGGGAAAGGGGGGGUGUUUGGGUGGGAACAUUAAUUAGCUGCCAUUUGGUGUUGAUCCCCUUGCAAUUCGGUUACAGUUACAAGAGCAGUAAGUAAAAACUCUGCAAAAAUGUGCUCGGUUUAUUUGUGAUAAUUUGUAUGCACUUGGCUAAAAUUAAUGAAUUAUAAUUAUGGGAAAUAAAUAUCGAAAUUAUUCAACCUAAGAAAUCGUCAUAUUUAUAUAUUUCUUUUCAUCAGGAAGAAAAAACGUGUAUUGUAUAGACGUAGAUAUUAUGCUUCAAUUUUUUUAUAAAUUUGUAACGCUAUUUUGUUGCUUAUUUAUCGUAGUAUUAAUUAUAAAAAUAGAAAAUUC